AUGGGGCAACUUAACGAAGACGAAUGGCCUGCUCCGGCUGAUCUGUGUUUUUGCCAAGUAUCCUUAGCACUUCUGUCUAACAAGUCGUCAUCGGGAGGGUUGGAGUGUGAUUUGGGCGGCCUAUCUGAUGAAUUGGCUCCAAAGCGGUCGUCACUGCAUGCCGGAUUGGUAGAGAUCAAUAUGUUCUUCAAGAUCAACAAACACCUCAUGCCAUCAAACCCCGACGACGUUGUUCGAUUGGAUGGCAUUUGGAAAAAAAAAAUCCCCAAGCGUACUAUCAUGUAUCUGUACGACGGUGAAGAUGCUACUAAACAGGAACGUGAAUCAGCUGAUUGA